AUGCUAAAGGCAGUGGCAGUGACAAAAGUGGAGGAAAGACCGAUCACACGGAGUUACCGACCGGACGGUCCCGCGAACGGUGAGAGGCCCGCGGGGAAUAAGCGUGGGGACCGAGGAAACCCUAGAACCAUGUUUCUCAAACUUGCCUACCAUGAAGUUGCAGUGUUCGCGGCUGCUCUCAGAGCUUUGAAAUGCUGCCCAAGGAUGACAAGAAAAAGAAAGACGCUGGAAAUAAGGGAGUUAACAUCCAACCCUGCAAAUUCAAGGGUCCACACAUGGCCAAGAUCAUGUCGGGGUGCACAGAACCCCUCCUCUGAUCUGCAGACAAAUGUGCCCUAUCUUCUGGCCCUCUACCAGCAAGUAUUUACUGAGCAUUUUAUUCAAAAAUGUAGUUCGUGCUCAACUAUAUUCCUCGAUGACAGCACAGCCAGCCGCCCUCAUUUUACAAUGACGCUAAAAUCUGUGGCCUUGGUGAUAUAUUAUCUUAUCCGGCAAAGAGGGGCGGAUAAAACUCUGGAUGUAUUUGAUGAACGAUCAUACCCGUUUACACGAGAACAGCUUCCGGAGGAACACUUUAAGUAUGAUCCUAGACACAAAGUGAUUUUCAGAUUUGUUCGUACUCUGUUUAAAGCCAAAAAGCUAAGAGCUGAGUUAGCAAUCGUUAGUUUGGUAUACAUUAAAAGACUUAUACGUUAUGCUGAUCUCGACAUUUGUCCAACCAACUGGAAGAGGAUUAUCUUAGGAGCCAUUCUUCUUGCCCUCAAGGUUAGGAGUGAAGAGGCUGUAUGCCUUGAGGACUACUGCGAGCUCUUUGAGAACCUUACAGUUGAGGAUAUGAACGAGUUGGAAGAGUACUUUGUGGAGCUAAUUAAUUAUAAUUUCAUAGUUCCUGGAAAGGUUUAUACCAGAUACUACUUCUGUCUUCGUGCCUUGGCACACAAGCAUGGCCUGCGUUUGCCAGUUUACCUUCUUGAGAGAGAAAGAGCAUGGGAGCUGCAGGCUUUUUCAAGGAUGGAAGGAGACGAAGUCUUCUCUACUGCCCACAAGAACAGGUCUUUGAGUGCUGAUGAUUUGAUUCGUCUUCAGCGCUCUAAGGCCAUCCUCUCCUGA